ACGCUUACUUUUAGUACUGGAAACAGGCUGCUAAAAGCAGUCUAGUAUCUAGACUGUGGUAUAAAAGGAAGAUAGUGGAAGAUAUGCACAAAUCGUGAUUUGUGUAGAUUAUAUGCAUGAGGCCGGAGUAUUUAUUAGCCCUCCUCAGCCAAAACGUUUGCGUUUUAUUAUGUUACUAGAUUCAUGCUUCAUGUUUUGUCGAUUUUGGUAAACCGUAGUCUUCGUUCUUCGAGGGUGCACAAUUACGCUGCAAGGUACCAGGAUAACUGUGCUAGUCAAACUCGACGAGAAACGGCUCCCGCAAGAUUCAAAAUGGCAUCCGAUUGUAUUUUUUGUAACAUUAUUUCGGGUAAACAUCCCAACGAGCUAAUAUACGAGGAUGAGGAGUUGGUUAUCUUCAAAGAUAUAAAACCGGCAGCGGAACACCACUACUUGGCAGUUACCAAACGUCACAUCAAAAAUGUAAAUGAAUUAACCACAAACGACAAAGAGCUAGUUGAAAAAUUAAUGGAGGUUGGCAAACGGGUACUACAAGAAUUGGGUGCGGAUGUAAACGAUUUACGUAUGGGAUUCCAUGUGCCUCCGUUUAAUUCUAUUUCUCAUCUGCACCUACAUCUGAUCACACCGACAACGGGUAUGGGGUUCCUGUCAAGGAGAAUCUUUCAACCGAAUACAUGGUGGUUUGCAACUGCAGAGUAUAUAUUAGCAAAUUUGAAAAAACCGUCCCAUAUUUAAAAUGUUUCCAUCAGUUUGAUGUGUGGCCUAAAUUUAAUUGUAUAUAGAGUAAAAAUGGUUUAAAUAUAAAGUAUUUUUUAUUUUAUUUUUUGUCUUUAUUUUUAGGUGGAUGUGGUUGCAACCACCUCAAUAAUAAUCGAGAUAAUAAUAAUAAUCUGUUGUGCAAAAAAAUACAGUAUGGGACAAAAAGUUCAGCCUAUAUUAAUCUGCAACUCCUCCAAUAAAAUACACUAGAUAUUUUAGGUAAACUUAUUUGGUAGCUUGCAUUAAAAUCAAAUUUGAUUUGAAAUAUUGAAUAGAAUUGUAUUUUCAUUUAGGAUACCAAUGCAACAUACUUCAACAACAAUUGUAAUUACGUCUUUCAUAUUAAACCAUGACUGUA